AUGCCUAAUUCGAAUUCGAAUAUAACUGAAAAUUUCGCGACACUCUUUAAAUUACACAUGAUGAUAACUGAAACAAAAUCAAUAGUAUGUAUAUCAUGUACAAAUUUAAAUAAUUCAAAUUGUGAUGAUCCAUUUAAUUUAACAUCAACAACUUUUUCAUAUAUUUUAAAUCAAACAUAUUGUCAAAAAAUGAUUAGUAUAAAUGGAAUUAUUCAACGUUCAUCUUCUGAUCAAUAUUGUUCAUCAUUUAAUACAAUUGGUAUUUCAUCAGCUUAUUGUUGUUCAGAUAGAGAUUAUUGUAAUAAAACAAAUCAAUUUUAUCAAUCUUUUACAUUUAUUGUAAUUCUAAUUAGUUUAGCUUUUUUUAAAAUUUUUCUUUAG